AUGAACCCUACUGUGACUAUAACACACCCCGCCCCAUUCUCCCGCUUUCCAUCACCCUUCCCCAAUCCCCCGCUUUCCAUCACCCCGCCCCAUUCUCCCUCCUUCCAUCACCCCGCCCCAUUCUCCCGCUUUCCAUCACCCCGCCCCAUUCUCCCGCUUUCCAUCACCCCGCCCCAUUCUCCCGCUUUUCAUCACCCCGCCCCAUUCUCCCGCUUUCCAUCACCCCGCCCCAUUCUUCUGCUUUCCAUCACCCCGCCCCAUUCUCCCGCUUUCCAUCACCCCGCCCCAUUCACCCGCUUUCCAUCACCCGCCCCAUUCUCCCGCUUUCCAUCACCCCGCCCCAUUCUCCCGCUUUCCAUCACCCCGCCCCAUUCUCCCGCUUUUCAUCACCCCGCCCCAUUCUCCCGCUUUCCAACGCCCCGCCCCAUUCUCCCACUUUCCAUCACCUCGCCCCAUUCUCCCGCUUUCCAUCACUCCGCCCCAUUCUCCCGCUUUCCAUCACUCCGCCCCAUUCUCCCGCUUUCCAUCACCCCGCCCCAUUCUCCCGCUUUCCAUCACCCCGCCCCAUUCUCCCUCCUUCCAUCACCCCGCCUCAUUCUCCCGCUUCCCAUCAUCCCGCCCCAUUCCCCCGCUUUCCAUCACCUCUUCCUCCUUCCAUCACCCCGCCCCAUUCUCCUGAAUUCCAUCACCCCACCCCAUUCUCCCGCUUUCUAUCACCCCACCCCAUUCUCUCGCUUUCCAUCACCCCGCCCCAUUCUCCCGCUUUCCAUCACCCCGCCCCAUUGUCCCACUUUCCAUCACCCCAGCCUAUUCUCCCGCUUUCCAUCUCCCCGCCCCAUACUCACGCUUUCCAUCACCCCGCCCCAUUCUCCCGCUUUCCAUCACCCCGCCCCAUUCUCCCGCUUUCGAUCGCCCCGCCCCAUUCUCCCUCCUUCCAUCACCCCGCCCCAUUCUCCCUCCUUCCAUCACCCCGCCCCAUUCUCCCUCCUUCCAUCACCCCGCCCCAUUCUCCCGCUUUCCAUCACCCCGCCCCAUUCUCCCGCUUUCCAUCACCCCGCCCCAUUCUCCUGCUUUCCAUCACCCCGUCCCAUUCUCCCUCUUUCCAUCACCCCACCCCAUUCUCCCUCCUUCCAUCACCCCGCCCCAUUCUCCUGCCUUCCAUCGCCCUGCCCCAUUCUCCCACUUUCCAUAACCCCGCCCCAUUCUCCUGCUUUCCAUCGCCCCGCCAUAUUCUCCCGCUUUCCAUCACCCCGCCCCAUUCUCCCUCCUUCCAUCACCCCGCCCCAUUCUCCCUCCUUCCAUCACCCCGCCCCAUUCUCCCGCUUUCCAUCACCCCGCCCCAUUCUCCCGCUUUUCAUCACCCCGCCCCAUUCUCCUGCUUUCCAUCACCCCUCUCCCACUUUCCAUCACCCCGCCCCAUUCUCCCUCCUUCCAUCACCCGCCCCAUUCUCCCUCCUUCCAUCACCCCACCCCAUUCUCCCUCCUUCCAUCACCCCGCCCCAUUCUCACGCUUUCCAUCAACCUGCCCCAUUCUCCCGCUUUCCAUCACCACGCCUCAUUCUCCGGCUUUCCAUCACCCCGCCCCAUUCUCCCGCUUUCUAUCACCCCGCCCCAUUCUCCCGCUUUCCAUCACCCCGCCCCAUUCUCCUGCUUUCCAUCACCCCGCCCAUUCUCCCUCCUUCCAUCACCCCGCCCCAUUCUCCCGCUUUCCAUGACCCCGCCCCAUUCUCCCGCAAUCCAUCACCCCGCCCCAUUCUCCCGCUUUCAAUCACCCCGCCCCAUUCUCCCGCUUUCCAUCACCCCGCCCCAUUCUCCCUCCUUCCAUCACCCCGCUUCAUUUUCUCUCCUUCCAUCACCCCGCACCAUUCUCCCGCCUUCUAUCACCCCGCCCCAUUCUCCCUCCUUCGAUCACCCCGCCCCAUUCUCCUUCCUUCCAUCACCCUGCCCCAUUCUCCCGCUUUCCAUCACCCCGCCCCAUUUUCCCGCUUUCCAUCACCCUGCCUCAAUCUCCCUCUUUCCAUCACCCCACCCCAUUCUCCCUCCUUCCGUCACCCCGCCCAAUUCUCCUGCCUUCCAUCACCCUGCCCCAUUCUCCCGCUUUCCAUCACCCUGCCCUAUUUUCCCGUUUUCCAUCACCUCGCUUCAUUCUCCUGUUUUCCAUCACCCCGCCCUAUUCUCCCGCUUUCCACCGCCCCGCCCCAUUCUCCCGCUUUCCAUCACCCCUCCCCAUUCUCCCGCUUUCCAUCACCCCACACCAUCCUCCCACCUUCCAUAACCCCGCCCCAUUCUCCCUCCUUCCAUCACCCCGAACCAUUCUCCCGCUUUCAAUCACCCUGCCCCAUUCUCCCGCUUUCCAUCACCCGCCCCAUUUUCCCGUUUUCCAUCACCCCGCCCCAUUCUCCUGCUUUCCAUCACCUCGCCCCAUUCUCCUUGCUUCCAUCACCCCGCCCCAAUCUCCCUCCUUCCAUCAUCCCGCCCCAUUCUCCCGCUUUCCAUCACCCCGCCCCAUUCUCCCGCUUUCCAUCACCCCGCCCCGUUCUCCCGCUUUCGAUCACCCCGCCCCAUUCUCCCGCUUUCCAUCACCCUGCCCCAUUCUCCCGCUUCCCAUCACCCCGGCCCAUUCUCCCGCUUUCCAUCACCCCGCCCCAUUCUCCCGCUUUCCAUCACCCCGCCCCAUUCUCCCUCCUUCCAUCACCCCGCCUCAUUCUCCCGCUUUCCAUCACCCCGCCCCAUUCUCCCGCUUUCCAUAACCCCGCCGCAUUCUCCCGCUUUCCAUCACCCAGCCAAAUUCUCCAGCUUUCCAUCAGCCCGCCCCAUUCUCCCUCCUUCCAUCGCCCUGCCCCAUUCUCCCUCCUUCCAUCACCCCGCCCCAUUCUCCCUCCUUCCAUCACCCCGCCCCAUUUUCCCGCUUUCUAUCAGCCCGCCCCAUUCCACCGCUUUCCAUCACCCCGCCCCAUUCUCCAGCUUUCCAUAACCCGCCCCAUUCUCCCGCUUUCCAUCACCCCGCCCCAUUCUCCCGCAAUCCAUCACCCCGCCCCAUUCUCCCGCUUUCAAUCACCCCGCCCCAUUCUCCCGCUUUCCAUCACCCCGCCCCAUUCUCCCUCCUUCCAUCACCCCGCUUCAUUUUCUCUCCUUCCAUCACCCCGCACCAUUCUCCCGCCUUCUAUCACCCCGCCCCAUUCUCCCUCCUUCCAUCACCCCGCCCCAUUCUCCUUCCUUCCAUCACCCUGCCCCAUUCUCCCGCUUUCCAUCACCCCGCCCCAUUUUCCCGCUUUCCAUCACCCUGCCUCAAUCUCCCUCUUUCCAUCACCCCACCCCAUUCUCCCUCCUUCCUCUCCCGCUUUCCAUCACCCCGCCCUAUUCUCCCGCUUUCCAUCACCCCGCCCCAUUCUCCCGCUUUCCAUCACCCCACCCCAUUCUCCCGCUUUCCAUCACCCCGCCCCAUUCUCCCGCUUUCCUUCACCCCUCCCCAUUCUCCCGCUUUCCAUCACCCCGCCCCAUUCUCCCACUUUCUAUCACCCCACCCCAUUCUCCCGCUUUCCAUCACUGCGCCCCAUUCUCCCUCCUUCCAUCACCCCGCCCCAUUCUCCCGCUCUCCAUCACCCCGACCCAUUCUCCCAAUUUCCAUCACCCCGCCCAAUUCUCUCGAUUUCCGUCACCCUGCCCCAUUCUCCCUCUUUCCGUCACCCCGCCCCAUUCUCCCGCUUUCCAUCACCCCGCCCUAUUCUCCCUCUUUCCAUCACCCCGCCCCAUUCUCCCUCCUUCCAUCACCCCGCCCCAUUCUACCGCUUGCCAUCACCCCGACACAUUAAUCCGCUUUCCAUCACCCCAACCCAUUCUCCCGCUUUCCAUCACCCCGCCCCAUUCUCCUCCCUUCCAUCACCCCGCCCCAUUCUCCCGCUUUCCAUUACCCCGCCCCAUUCUCCCGCUUUCCAUCACCGCGCCCCAUUCUCCCGCUUUCCAUCACCCCGCCCCAUUCUCCCGCUUUCCAUCAACCCGUCCCAUUCUCCCGCUUUCCAUCAUCCCGCCCCAUUCUCCCGCUUUCCAUCACCCCGCCCCAUUCUCCCGCUUUCCAUCACCCCACCCCAUUCUCCCGCUUUCCAUCACCCUGCCCCAUUCUCCCGCUUUCCAUCACCCCGCCCCAUUCUCCCUCCUUCCAUCACCCCGCUCCAUUCUCCCUCCUUCUAUCACCCCGCCCCAUUCUCCCUCCUUACAUCACCCCGGCCCAUUUCCCUGGCUUCCAUCAACCCGCCACAUUCUCCCGCUUUCCACCACCCCGCCCCAUUCUCCCGCUUUCCACCACCCCGCCCCAUUCUCCCGCUUUCCAUCACCCCGCCCCAUCCUCCCACCUUCCAUCACCCCGCCCCAUUCUCCCUCCUUCCAUCACCCCGCCCAAUUCUCCUGGCUUCCAUCAGCCCGCCACAUUCUCCCGCGUUCCAUCACUCCGCCCCAUCCUCCCGCUUGCCAUCAUCCCGCCUAAUUCUUCCGCUUUCCUUCACCCCGCCCCAUUCUCCCACUUUCCAACACCCCGCCCCAUUCUCCCGUUUUCCAUCACCCCGCCCCAUUCUCCCGCUCUCCAUCACCCCGCCCCAUUCUCCCGCUUUCCAUCACCCCGCCCAAUUCUCCCGCUUUCCAUCACCCCGCCCCAAUCUCCCUCUUUCCAUCACCCCACCCCAUUCUCCCUCCUUCCAUCACCUCGGCCCAUUCUCCUUCCUUCCAUCACCCUGCCCCAUUCUCCCGCUUUCCAUCACCCCGCCCCAUUUUCCCGUUUUCCAUCACCCCGCCCCAUUCUCCUGCUUUCCAUCACCCCGCCCCAUUCUCCUGCUUUCCACCACCCCGCCCCAUUCUCCUGCUUUCCAUCACCCCGCCCCAUUCUCCCGCUUUCCAUCACCCCACCCCAUCCUUCCACCUUCUAUCACCCCGCCCCAUUCUCCCUCCUUCCAUCACCUCGCCCCAUUCUCCCGCUUUCCAUCACUCCGCCCCAUUCUCCCGCUUUCCAUCACCCCGCCCCAUUCUCCCGCUUUCCAUCACCCCGCCCCAUUCCCCCGCUUUCCAUCACCCCGCCCCAUUCUCCCGCUUUCCAUCACCCCGCCCCGUUCUCCCGCUUUCCAUCACCCCGCCCCAUUCUCCCGCUUUCCAUCACCCCGCCCCAUUCUCCCUCUUUCCAUCACCCCGCCCCAUUCUCCCUCCUUCCAUCACCCCGCCCUAUUCUCCGCGUCCCAUAACCCCAGCCCCAUCUCCCGCUUUCCAUCACCCCGCCACUUUCUCCCACUUUAUCCCGCCCCAUUCUCCCUCCUUCCAUCACCCCGCCCCAUUCUCCCUCCUUCCAUCACCCCGCCCCAUUCUCCCGCUUUCCAUCAGCCCGCCCCAUUCUCCCGCUUUCCAUCACCCCGCCCCAUUCUCCCGCUUUCCAUCACCCCGCCCCAUUCUCCCGCUUUCCAUCAACCUGCCCCCUUCUCCCACUUUCCAUCACCCCGCCCCAUUCUCCCGCUUUCCAUCAACCUGCCCCCUUCUCCCGCUUUCCAUCACCCCGCCCCAUUCUCCCGCUUUCCAUCACCCCGCCCCAAUCUCCCUCUUUCCAUCACCCCACCCCAUUCUCCCUCCUUCCAUCACCUCGCCCCAUUCUCCUUCCUUCCAUCACCCUGCCCCGUUCUCCCGCUUUCCAUCACCCCGCCCCAUUUUCCCGUUUUCCAUCACCCCGCCCCAUUCUCCUGCUUUCCAUCACCCCGCCCCAUUCUCCUGCUUUCCACCACCCCGCCCAAUUCUCCUGCUUUCCAUCACCCGGCCCCAUUCUCCCGCUUUCCAUCACCCCACCCCAUCCUCCCACCUUCUAUCACCCCGCCCCAUUCUCCCUCCUUCCAUCACCUCGCCCCAUUCUCCCGCUUUCCAUCACUCCGCCCCAUUCUCCCGCUUUCCAUCACCCCGCCCCAUUCUCCCACUUUCCAUCACCCCGCCCCAUUCCCCCGCUUUCCAUCACCCCGCCCCAUUCUCCCGCUUUCCAUCACCCCGCCCCGUUCUCCCGCUUUCCAUCACCCCGCCCCAUUCUCCCGCUUUCCAUCACCCCGCCCCAUUCUCCCUCUUUCCAUCACCCCGCCCCAUUCUCCCUCCUUCCAUCACCCCGCCCUAUUCUCCCCUUCCCAUAACCCCAGCCCCAUCUCCCGCUUUCCAUCACCCCGCCACUUUCUCCCACUUCAUCCCGCCCCAUUCUCCCUCCUUCCAUCACCCCGCCCCAUUCUCCCUCCUUCCAUCACCCCGCCCCAUUCUCCCGCUUUCCAUCAGCCCGCCCCAUUCUCCCGCUUUCCAUCACCCCGCCCCAUUCUCCCGCUUUCCAUCACCCCGCCCCAUUCUCCCGCUUUCCAUCAACCUGCCCCCUUCUCCCGCUUUCCAUCACCCCGCCCCAUUCUCCCGCUUUCCAUCACCCCACCCCAUUUUCCCGUUUUCCAUCACCUCGCCCCAUUCUCCUUGCUUCCUCACCCCACCCCAAUCUCCCUCCUUCCAUCACCCCGUCCCAUUCUCCCGCUUUCCAUCUCCCCGCCCCAUUCUCCCGCUUUCCAUCACCCUGCCCCAUUCUCCCGCUUUCCAUCACCCCGCCCCAUUCUUCCGCUUCCCAUCAUCCCGCCCCAUUCCCCCGCUUUCCAUCACCCCUCCCCAUUCUCCCUCCUUCCAUCACCCCGCCCCAUUCUCCCGCUUUCCAUCACCCGCCCCAUUCUCCUGCUUUCCAUCACCUCGCCCCAUUCUCCCGCUUUCCAUCACUCCGCCCCAUUCUUCUGCUUUCCAUCACCCCGCCCCAUUCUCCCGCUUUCCAUCACCCCGCACCAUUCACCCGCUUUCCAUCACCCGCCCCAUUCUCCCGCUUUCCAUCAACCUGCCCCCUUCUCCCGCUUUCCAUCACCCCGCCCCAUUCUCCCGCUUUCCAUCACCCCGCCCCAAUCUCCCUCUUUCCAUCACCCCACCCCAGUCUCCCUCCUUCCAUCACCUUGCCCCAUUCUCCUUCCUUCCAUCACCCUGCCCCAUUCUCCCGCUUUCCAUCACCUAGCCCCAUUUUCCCAUUUUCCAUCACCCCGCCCCAUUCUCCUGCUUUCCAUCACCCCGCCCCAUUCUCCUGCUUUCCACCACCCCGCCCCAUUCUCCUGUUUUCCAUCACCCCGCCCCAUUCUCCCGCUUUCCAUCACCCCACCCCAUCCUCCCACCCCCCAUCUCCCGCUUUCCAUCACCCCGCCACUUUCUCCCACUUCAUCCCGCCCCAUUCUCCCUCCUUCCAUCACCCCGCCCCAUUCUCCCUCCUUCCAUCACCCCGCCCCAUUCUCCCGCUUUCCAUCAGCCCGCCCCAUUCUCCCGCUUUCCAUCACCCCGCCCCAUUCUCCCGCUUUCCAUCACCCCGCCCCAUUCUCCCGCUUUCCAUCAACCUGCCCCCUUCUCCCGCUUUCCAUCACCCCGCCCCAUUCUCCCGCUUUCUAUCACCCCACCCCAUUUUCCCGUUUUCCAUCACCUCGCCCCAUUCUCCUUGCUUCCUCACCCCGCCCCAAUCUCCCUCCUUCCAUCACCCCGUCCCAUUCUCCCGCUUUCCAUCUCCCCGCCCCAUUCUCCCGCUUUCCAUCACCCUGCCCCAUUCUCCCGCUUUCCAUCACCCCGCCCCAUUCUUCCGCUUCCCAUCAUCCCGCCCCAUUCCCCCGCUUUCCAUCACCCCUCCCCAUUCUCCCUCCUUCCAUCACCCCGCCCCAUUCUCCCGCUUUCCAUCACCCGCCCCAUUCUCCUGCUUUCCAUCACCUCGCCCCAUUCUCCCGCUUUCCAUCACUCCGCCCCAUUCUUCUGCUUUCCAUCACCCCGCCCCAUUCUCCCGCUUUCCAUCACCCCGCACCAUUCACCCGCUUUCCAUCACCCGCCCCAUCUCCCGCUUUCCAUCACCCCGCCCCAUUCUCCCGCUCUCCAUCACACCGCCCCAUUCUCCCGCUUUUCAUCACCCCGCCCCAUUCUCCCGCUUUCCAACACCCCUCCCCAUUCUACCACUUUCCAUCACCCCGCCCCAUUCUCCCGCUUUCCAUCACCCCGCCCCAUUGUCCUGCUUUCCAUCACUCUGCCCCAUGCUCCCGCUUUCCAUCACCCCGCCCCAUUCUCCCGCUUUCCAUCACCCCGCCCCAUUCUCCCUCCUUCCAUCACCCUGCCUCAUUCUCCCUCCUUCCAUCACCCCGCCCCAUUCUCCCGCUUUCCAUCACCCCGCCCCAUUCUCCCGCUUUCUAUCACCCAGCCCCAUUCUCCCGCUUUCCAUCACCCCGCCCCAUUUUUCCGCUUUCCAUCACCCCGCCCGAUUCUCCCGCUUUCCAUCACCCCGCCCCAUUCUCCCGCUUUCCAUCACCCCGCCCCAUUCUCCCGCUUUCCAUCACCCCGCCCCAUUCUCCCUCCUCCCAUCACCCUGCCCCAUUCUCCAGCUUUCCAUCACCCUGCCCCAUUCACCCGCUUCCCAUAACCCCACCCCAUUCUCCCGCUUUCCAUCACCCCGCCACAUUCUCCCACUUUCCAUCACCCCGCCACAUUCUCCCUCCUUCCAUCACCCCGCCCCAUUCUCCCGCUUUCCAUCACCCGCCCCAUUCUCCUGCUUUCCAUCACCUCGCCCCAUUCUCCCGCUUUCCAUCACUCCGCCCCAUUCUUCUGCUUUCCAUCACCCCGCCCCAUUCUCCCGCUUUCCAUCACCCCGCACCAUUCACCCGCUUUCCAUCACCCGCCCCAUUCUCCCGCUUUCCAUCAACCUGCCCCCUUCUCCCGCUUUCCAUCACCCCGCCCCAUUCUCCCGCUUUCCAUCACCCCGCCCCAAUCUCCCUCUUUCCAUCACCCCUCCCCAUUCUCCCUCCUUCCAUCACCUUGCCCCAUUCUCCUUCCUUCCAUCACCCUGCCCCAUUCUCCCGCUUUCCAUCACCUAGCCCCAUUUUCCCAUUUUCCAUCACCCCGCCCCAUUCUCCUGCUUUCCAUCACCCCGUCCCAUUCUCCUGCUUUCCACCACCCCGCCCCAUUCUCCUGCUUUCCAUCACCCCGCCCCAUUCUCCCGCUUUCCAUCACCCCACCCCAUCCUCCCACCGUCUAUCACCCCGCCCCAUUCUCCCUCCUUCCAUCACCUCGCCCCAUUCUCCCGCUUUCCAUCACUCCGCCCCAUUCUCCCGCUUUCCAUCACCCGGCCCCAUUCUCCCGCUUUCCAUCACCCCGCCCCAUCCCCCCGCUUUCCAUCACCCCGCCCCAUUCUCCCCCUUUCCAUCACCCCGCCCCGUUCUCCCGCUUUCCAUCACCCCGCCCCAUUCUCCUGCUUUCCAUCACCCCGCCCCAUUCUCCCUCUUUCCAUCACCCCGCCCCGUUCUCCCUCCUUCCAUCACCCCGCCCUAUUCUCCGCUUCCCAUAACCCCAGCCCCAUCUCCCGCUUUCCAUCACCCCGCCACUUUCUCCCACUUCAUCCCGCCCCAUUCUCCCUCCUUCCAUCACCCCGCCCCAUUCUCCCUCCUUCCAUCACCCCGCCCCAUUCUCCCGCUUUCCAUCAGCCCGCCCCAUUCUCCCGCUUUCCAUCACCCCGCCCCAUUCUCCCGCUUUCCAUCACCCCGCCCCAUUCUCCCGCUUUCCAUCAACCUGCCCCCUUCUCCCGCUUUCCAUCACCCCGCCCCAUUCUCCCGCUUUCUAUCACCCCACCCCAUUUUCCCGUUUUCCAUCACCUCGCCCCAUUCUCCUUGCUUCCUCACCCCGCCCCAAUCUCCCUCCUUCCAUCACCCCGUCCCAUUCUCCCGCUUUCCAUCUCCCCGCCCCAUUCUCCCGCUUUCCAUCACCCUGCCCCAUUCUCCCGCUUUCCAUCACCCCGCCCCAUUCUUCCGCUUCCCAUCAUCCCGCCCCAUUCCCCCGCUUUCCAUCACUCCUCCCCAUUCUCCCUCCUUCCAUCACCCCGCCCCAUUCUCCCGCUUUCCAUCACCCGCCCCAUUCUCCUGCUUUCCAUCACCUCGCCCCAUUCUCCCGCUUUCCAUCACUCCGCCCCAUUCUUCUGCUUUCCAUCACCCCGCCCCAUUCUCCCGCUUUCCAUCACCCCGCACCAUUCACCCGCUUUCCAUCACCCGCCCCAUCUCCCGCUUUCCAUCACCCCGCCCCAUUCUCCCGCUCUCCAUCACCCCGCCCCAUUCUCCCGCUUUUCAUCACCCCGCCCCAUUCUCCCGCUUUCCAACACCCCUCCCCAUUCUACCACUUUCCAUCACCCCGCCCCAUUCUCCCGCUUUCCAUCACCCCGCCCCAUUGUCCUGCUUUCCAUCACUCUGCCCCAUUCUCCCGCUUUCCAUCACCCCGCCCCAUUCUCCCGCUUUCCAUCACCCCGCCCCAUUCUCCCUCCUUCCAUCACCCUGCCUCAUUCUCCCUCCUUCCAUCACCCCGCCCCAUUCUCCCGCUUUCCAUCACCCCGCCCCAUUCUCCCGCUUUCUAUCACCCAGCCCCAUUCUCCUGCUUUCCAUCACCCCGCCCCAUUUUUCCGCUUUCCAUCACCCCGCCCGAUUCUCCCGCUUUCCAUCACCCCGCCCCAUUCUCCCGCUUUCCAUCACCCCGCCCCAUUCUCCCGCUUUCCAUCACCCCGCCCCAUUCUCCCUCCUCCCAUCACCCUGCCCCAUUCUCCAGCUUUCCAUCACCCUGCCCCAUUCACCCGCUUCCCAUAACCCCACCCCAUUCUCCCGCUUUCCAUCACCCCGCCACAUUCUCCCACUUUCCAUCACUCCGCCCCCUUCUCUCUCCUUCCAUCACCCUGCCCCAUUCUCCCGCUUUCCACCACCCCGCCUCAUUCUCCCGCUUUCCAUCACCCCGCCCCAUUCUCCCGCUUUCCAUCACCCCACCCCAUCCUCCCACCUUCUAUCACCCCGCCCCAUUCUCCCUCCUUCCAUCACCCCGCCCCAUUCUCCCGCUUUCCAUCACCCCGCCCCAUUCUCCCGCUUUCCAUCACCCCGCCCCGUUCUCCUGCUUUCCAUCACCCCGCCCAAUUCUCCCGCUUUCCAUCACCCCGCCCCAUUCUCCCGCUUUCCAUCACCCCGCCCAAUUCUCCCGCUUUCCAUCACCCCGCCCCAUUCCCCUGCUUUCCAUCACCCCGCCCCAUUCUCCCCCUUUCCAUCACCCCGCCCUAUUCUCCCGCUUUCCAUCACCCCGCCCAAUUCUCCCGCUUUCCAUCACCCCGCCCCAUUCUCCCGCUUUUCAUCACCCCGCCCCAUUCUCCCUCUUUCCAUCACCCCGCCCUAUUCUCCCUCCUUCCAUCACCCCGCCCAAUUCUCCGCUUCCCAUAACCCCAGCCCCAUCUCCCGCUUUCCAUCACCCCGCCACAUUCUCCCACUUUCCAUCACCCCUGCCCCAUUCUCCCUCCUUCCAUCACCCCUCCCCAUUCUCCCUCCUUCAAUCACCCCGCCCCAUUCUCCCGCUUUCCAUCUCCCCGCCCCAUUCUCCCGCUUUCCAUCACCCUGCCCCAUUCUCCCGCUUUCCAUCACCCCGCCCCAUUCUUCCGCUUCCCAUCAUCCCGCCCCAUUCCCCCGCUUUCCAUCACCCCUCCCCAUUCUCCCUCCUUCCAUCACCCCGCCUAUUCUCCUGCUUUCCAUCACCCCGCCCCAUUCUCCCACUUUCCAUUACCCCGCCCCAUUCUUCUGCUUUCCAUCACCCCGCCCCAUUCUCCCGCUUUCCAUCACCCCACACCAUUCACCCGCUUUCCAUCACCCGCCCCAUCUCCCGCUUUCCAUCACCCCGCCCCAUUCUCCCCGCUCUCCAUCACCCCGCCCCAUUCUCCCGCUUUUCAUCACCCCGCCCCAUUCUCCCGCUUUCCAACACCCCUCCCCAUUCUCCCGCUUUCCAUCACCCCGCCCCAUUCUCCCGCUUUCCAUCACCCCGCCCCAUUGUCCCGCUUUCCAUCACUCCGCCCCAUUCUCCCGCUUUCCAUCACCCCGCCCCAUUCUCCCGCUUUCCAUCACCCCAGCCCAUUCUCCCUCCUUCCAUCACCCUGCCUCAUUCUCCCUCCUUCCAUCACCCCGCCCCAUGCUCCCACUUUCCAUCACCCCGCCCCAUUCUCCGGCUUUCCAUCACCCAGCCCCAUUCUCCCGCUUUCCAUCACCCCGCCCCAUUUUCCCGCUUUCCAUCACCCUGUUGGUGCAACCCUAUGUUUCGACAAUGGCUGGACCUGAGGAAAGGGGUGGCAGAGGUGCUGGUGGCAGAGGAGAAGCCCAAGCUCAAGGCCAACCCCGUGACUCAGCCAUGGCGCCCGUGCAACCAAGUGUUGGCCCAUCUAGGGAUGAGCCUAGAGUGUUUGGCCUUGACAAGUUCAAUGGUGACAACUUUGCUGAGUGGUCCUUCAGAAUGGAGAACAUAUUUGACCACUAUGACCUGCUGGAGGUGAUGGAAGGAACGGAGAAGCGUCCCGAGAACGACCCGGAGAAGAGCCCGUGGGUGCGGAAGAGCGCACAAGGCUACCUCCUACUUGGGCAAGCGUUGGGGAGCAGCCAAAUCCGUCACAUCAAGCCCUUCCAGCGUGAACCAGAGAAGGGACCAAAAGCAUGGGCUGCUCUCAAGGGUGUACACGCUCCUGCAACAGCGGCGAUAGCUGUGGUGUUGGAACGGCAAAUGGCGACGUUACGAAUUGAAGAGGAUGAAGCGGUUGAAGAAGGGGUGCAGAAAUUCUUCGACUUGUUGACGCGGCUUGAGGGAGCUGAUUUGAACUAUAGUGAGCUCCAAAAGAAGACCAAGUUGCUGGCCCUACUCCCGGAGUCAUGGUCCUCGCUCAUCAUCAACCUUAAUCGAAGAGGCAGAGGACGAGGGGGAGGAAGGUUUGGUGGCAGCAACUUCGGCGGAGGCCGUGGGAGUGGCGGUUACGGCAGCGACGACAAGAACUACGGACGCGGUCGCGGCCGAUUCGACGGCGAGUGUCACUAUUGCCACAAGAGCGGACACAUGUGGCGCGACUGCUACAAACUCCCUGAUGGUUGGACCCCUGCUCAAGGCCAAGAGGGUAGAGGAGCAGGAGGAGGGAGAGGAAGAGGCCGUGGAGGCCGUGGCGGUCGCGGUGGCGGAGCUGCAAACAUGAAGAGCGGAGACAACGACAAGGACCCGAGCGACGAUCGAUACCCGGGUCUAUUCUACUUCGUGUCGACGCAAGUACCGGCUGGUCCAGAGAAGGAUGAAGGCUUUGAGGAGCCAGCAGCUGUGGGGAAGGUGACCCUACACCCCCUGGACUAUUGGGUGAUUGAUAGUGGCGCUACCUAUAGCAUGACACCUCGCCCGGACUUGCUCACCGAACUCGAGCCGUCACCGGUGAAGCAUGUCACAUCGGCUUUGGGGCAGCGAGCAGAGGUGAAAGGCAUGGGGAAGGCCAUGUUCAAGGGUGCUGAUGGGAAGAUGGUGGGCCUCAAGAACGUGCUUUGGGUGCCCAGCCUUGCUGCAAACCUGAUUUCCGUGCGGCGGUUGGCAAAGGCCGGCAUGGACACUAACUCGAAGGGAGCCAAGACCUACACCGCAAGGCUUGGCGAUCGGAUUCUUUGGGACCUUCAUGAGGACAGAGAUGUCUACAACGAGAUGUGGCAGAUCCCUGUGGUCCCAAUGCCUAAGGAGAGGCAAGUGGCAGCAAGCGUCAGCACUAAAGGUGGAGCGGUUGGUAGCGGCGAUUGCGCGGACGGUCGCGCUAAGGAGAAGGAGUCCAAGAAGUGCAAUCUUGGAGGGACCAGCAAGUUCAGUGAACCUAAGGAGAGUGGUGCAGCAACCAAGGAGCAGCAAAAGGGUGAGGAGAACCCCGAGGCAACAGCGGAGGAGGACUACGGAGAGAGUAUGUGGGGCGCUAUUGCGAGCGCGGCAUUCUCCAAUCCAACUUCGGCUACGGGGGAGUGUGAUUGGCUCACCUUGCAUCGGCGCAUGGGGCAUGUGGCCCUGCCCAUCUUGCAGCAGCUAGUGAAGAAUGAGAUGGUUGCUGGCAUACGUGUGAAGGGGGAGCCCGAUGAGGUACUUGGCUGCCCGACGUGCAUGCAAGCCAAGUUCACCCGUUUCCCAUUCUCUAGUUCGGAGGCAACGGCUAAGGCACCACUUGAUGAGGUGGUGAUGGACGUGGUGGGCCCCCUGAAGCUUGGAGCUGCUGGAGCUGAGUACUUCCUCACUAUUGUUGACGUCUACACCCGUAUGACUUGGGUGUACGUGCUGGCCAAGAAGAGCAACGUGGCUGAAACGUUGAAGGCGGAUUGGUUCCCGAUGGUGGAGCGGCAACAAGACCGUCUAGUCAAGUCAAUCCGCACCGAUCGAGGGGGAGAGUUCCUGAGCAAGGAGUUUGGGUUGUGGCUGAAGAAGAAUGGUAUUCGACACUCCCUCACCAUGCCAUACUCCCCUGCAAUGAACGGCAUCGCUGAGCGAGCGAACCGCACAAUCACGGAGGCGGCACGCGGGUUGCUCAUUGAAGCCGGGCUACCCGACUAUUUCUGGCCUGAUGCGGUGCGGAGCGCAUGUGUGGCCAAGAACAGAGCCUUGACUCAUGUGGGAGCAGACAAAUGGGUGCCCUAUGUGGAGUGGCUAGGAAGGAAGCCAAAGGUGGAUAUGCUUCGGGUGUUCGGGUGCAUGUGCAUGGCGCUUGUGCCUAAGCAUCUUCGGCACAACAAGCUUGGUGCCAAGGCGGUGUGGGCCGUGCACUUGGGCAUGGCUCAAAACAGCAAGGGAUGGCUUCUUUGGGACCCAUUCACCAAGAAGUUCUUGGUGAGCAGGGACUGCAAGUUCAUGGAGAACUUCAUGUACAAGGAUUGGAAGGCGGAGAAUGAGGCGAAGAUAGGCGUGCGGUUUGGGGAGGUGAAGAGUUCCGGUUUGGAGCAUGUGGAGCUGCCUUUGGAGCUGAGCAGCGGCAGCACAACCACGAGGCAAUCCUCCCUUGUGAAAGGGGGAGAGGAGGCCACUGAUGCAGAGGAAGAAGAGGAGGAGGUGCAGCAAGUGAGUGAGCGUGCACCGUCACUCCCUUCCCGUACCACGAGUGCUCCACGGAAUCGAGCCACACCGCAGCAACGCCAAGGCCUUCAAGUCGCUGCAGCUGAGGAGGAAGGAAGGGGGAAGAGGAGAGUUCAACCCCCUAAUAGGCUGACCUAUGAUGCACUUGGAAAGCAAGGCAAGACAGCCCUGGCCGGAGCGGCAAUGAUGGUCGGAGACGAUGAGGAGAGUGACUACGAGGAGUGUGCCUUCGCGUUCUUCUCUCCGGUGGAGAUGCCGGGAGAACCAGCAACUCUCAAGGAGGCUUUGGAGAGUAGUGAUGCUGAGGAGUGGAAGAAGGCUUUGGAGAGUGAGCUGAAGAGCAUCGAGGAGAAUGACACGUUUGAAUUGGUGGAGCUACCGGAGGGGCGUACGGCGAUAACGUCCAAGUGGCUCUUCAAAAUCAAGUCGGAUGCCGACGGCAAGAUCAAGCGCUACAAGUCUAGGCUUCCGACGACGCUGCGAACCCUAUUCGCGGGAGCCGCCAUCAAAGGAUGGGUGGUGAAGCAAAUGGACAUUGUGACGGCAUUCCUUAACGGCAUCCUUGAGGAGGAGAUUUUUAUGGCACAGCCAGAGGGGUUUGAUGAUGGUAGUGGCAGAGUGUGGAAGCUGAAGAAGGCCCUCUAUGGGCUGAAGCAGGCCCCUAGGCAAUGGUACAUGAAGCUGCGCGAAGUGUUGGAGGAGAUCGGCUUCACUCCCUCAACGGCCGAUCACUCCUUGUUCAUGCUUGGCGAGGGGGAGCAGAGGAGCUUCAUGGUGGUUUAUGUGGAUGACAUUCUCAUAUUCUCACCCUCCUCUGACCUUGUGAAGGAGGUGAUGCUGAAGCUGCAUGACAAGUUCAAGUGCAAGUCCCUUGGUGACGUGAACUUCUACCUUGGGCUCCACAUCGAACGAGACGUGGAGAAGCGGAGCAUGCGAGUGCACCAACGGAAGUACCUGGAGGCGUUGGCUGCCAACUUCGGCCAGAGUGAAGGUCAUGUGGCUACUCCCUUUCCCUCUGGGUUCAAGUGUGUGAAGGGGCCAGAGGAGGAGAGCGUUGGAGAAGAGGAGAGGCGUCGAUUUCACUCGUUGGUGGGCAGCCUCAUGUAUGCGGCGGUAAACACCCGACCGGACGUCGCGUUUGCUACCGGGCAGCUGGCUAGGGUUGUGCAAUGCCCUAAUGAGGAGCAGGUAGCAGCUGGAAUGAGGGUGUCCAAGUAUCUUGGCCAAACAGCGACCGUUGGGCUGCAAUACUCGGCGGCGGCACAAAGGCGCCAAAAGGGCGCGGAUGGUGUUGAACCCGGGCGUUUGUUCCUCACCGCCUACUCGGAUGCUUCAUAUGCAUCAGAACCAGAGGACAUGACAAGUGUGGAAGGCUUCAUAUGCUGUGUUGGUGGAGGCCCAACUGCUUGGGAGAGCAAGAAGCAGGUUGACCAAGCUUUGAGCUCGGUGGAGUCCGAAUACAUGGCACUCUUCCGUGCCGUACGGGAGAUUGUGUGGCAGCGGCGUUUGUUGGCUGAAUUGGGGGAGGAGCAGCAAGGACCUACCCCACUGUAUUGUGACAGCCAGGGUGCCAUUGCUCUUGCUAAGAACCCUGUGUUGCAUGGACUCACGAAGCACAUGAGGGUGAAGUGGCAUUGGACGAGGAGCAUGGUAACCGCGGGUGAAGUUGAGUUGCGCUACGUGAAGACCACGGGGCAGCCGGCUGACAUGAUGACCAAGAGGCUGGUGGAGCAGCAGCAUUGGAAGUGUUGCAAGCUGGCUGGGAUGGCUCUGAACUGA